GCUUAAGCUCGGCCGUGGAUAUCUAUGGUGGAAAACGCGAAUCGAAGCUCCAACUAACGAAAAAAGUAAAGCCUCUCUCUCUCUCUCUCUCUCUCUAGUCUCUGGUGCUGCACUUCUCUCACUGUGAUUGCUUCUCUCUCACCUCACUGCCGGCGACUUCGUGAGCGAAUGUGGUGAGAGAGAGAGAGAGAGACGGCGGAGGGAGGGGGGAGAGAGAGAGAGAAGAGAGAGCGGAGAACGGCGAGCGGCGAGCGGAGCUUUGGUUCGGUGUGUCCGGUGACCACUGAAUUGAAUUGAGCUCUCUGCUGCAUUGCUCGGUUGGCUCGGCAGUCGGCGACAGGGCGGCGGAAUCUAGAGGAAGGAUUGGUUAUCGGUGGCCAUGGCGGACCUGAAGGCCACGCUGGCGUACACGCGAUCGGCGGUCAUGUGGAUCGCGGCCGACCGGCUCGACUUCAAGUCGAAGAAUAGGAAGCGGAGGAGGCUGUACGGCGUGAGAAUGCUGUGGAUUUGGCGGCUCUCCGGCUUCUUCUCCGCCGCGCUGCUGCUGAUCGCCCUAUCCCCUUCCCCGCAGUCGCUGCCCCCAGCGGAGGCGAUCCGCUCCUCCAGUCUUGAUCGGACGUACCACCUCCGGUCGCCGCUCCUCGAGUACCCUUACCAUCCCGUAGACCGGUUUUCCUUCCGGAGGGCGGCUCCAUUCCGCAAUGCCGCCGGGUGUGUGGGCUCCGACUCGGACGCCGCCGGCGUCUGCGAUCCGAAUCUCGUCCACGUAGCGAUCACUCUCGACGUAGAGUACCUCCGCGGCUCGAUCGCCGCCGUGCACUCGAUCCUGCUGAACUCACUGUGCCCGGAGAGUGUCUUCUUCCACUUCAUAGUCUCGGAGGUCAGUCUUGAAAACCUGGUGCGGUCCACCUUCCCGCAGCUGAAUUUCAAGGUCUACUACUUCGACCCCGAGAUUGUCCGGAACCUGAUCUCGACCUCCGUGAGGCAAGCCCUGGAGCAGCCGCUGAACUACGCGAGGAACUACUUGGCGGAUCUGCUCGAGCCCUGCGUGACCAGAGUCAUUUACCUCGACUCCGACUUAGUCGUCGUCGAUGACAUCUCGGAGCUCUGGCGCACUAGCCUGAGGUCUAAAACGAUCGGAGCUCCAGAGUACUGCCACGCCAACUUCACCAAAUACUUCACCGCCGGUUUCUGGUCGAGCAAGCGGUUCUCCAGCACGUUCGCCGGGCGGCGGCCGUGCUACUUCAACACGGGGGUGAUGGUGAUAGAUCUGGCGCGGUGGAGGCGCGUGGGGUACACGAGGAUAAUAGAGCAGUGGAUGGAGAUCCAGAAGAGGGAUCGGAUCUACGAGCUUGGGUCGUUGCCGCCGUUCUUGCUGGUCUUUGCUGGACACGUGGCGCCCAUCGAGCACCGGUGGAACCAGCACGGCCUAGGCGGUGAUAAUGUGAGGGGCAGCUGUCGGGACCUCCACCCGGGUCGGGUCAGCCUGCUCCACUGGUCCGGCAGCGGCAAGCCCUGGCUCCGCCUCGACUCCAAGAAGCCCUGCCCGCUGGAUAUGCUAUGGGCACCCUACGACUUGUACGGGCACUCCCACUGAAACCCCAUUCACACUUUUUGUUGGAGCAGGCACCACAGUGGUUAGAUUGGACUAUUCGGGAAGAAACUGCGAGAUCUCAUAAGCGCCGACCCACCGACACCCGGCUUCGUCAUUGUAUUGGUCCCCCCAAGGUGAUUGUUCUAUACAUGUUAGUCAUUGGAGCAAGGAUCGGGAUUGUUCUGGUUGGAGCUUGGAGGUUCAUGGGUAUAUAUGCUGGAGGAGUCAUCAAUUGGUUUUUGUAUGUAAUCUGCCCAUUCGUUGGUAUAGCGUAGUCGAUCGAUCCUUUCUUUUUGGUUCUUCAGGCGGGCUUUUUUUGGUGGUUCCACAUUGGUUCUUGGUGUUAGGUUGUAUGUGUAAAUUUCAUUGCGGAAGGUGCUAAUUGAUACGGUGGACAGGGUCAGUUCAUUCUAUAUUCGGUCAUCAACUUGGAGCAGCCCUUGUGUAUUAUCGUUAUCACGAUUGUUGUCAUUGAUGGUUUUUGUUCGGCGGGACAGUGGAUGUAGCAGAAGAUUCAGAAGUUUUGGUGAAUUUGAGGUUUAGGAUCUUUGGAAGUCUUCUAUUUGGAGCAAUCACCUGUCAAUUUUGCAUGUGAUGGAAGGCAUCAUCAAGGAAUAAAGGGCAAGCAACAACUUGCUGCAGAAGAAACAUGGGUCCGAUGAAGAAUUGGAGCUCUCUCCAAGCUGUAAAGAAAUGUUGGCUGCCCGUCUUAUUCCAAAAUAUUUGGAAUAUCGUACGAUUCUUUACGGCAAAAUGCAAAAUGAACUUGUCUGAGAAUUAUUCUCUGCACGCCGACAAUGUAUUUCUCCAUUUUCUACUCGGGGGACCAUGUUGUAUCGGGGUAUAGGACAAUCUCCUUUAGAUAUCGGUCUUGACUGUAGCUCGCUCGAUAUCUCGAUCCUCAAGCAAGGUGUAUUGGCAUACUAGGCUUGGUCCAAUUUCAUCGAAAUAUACGCAGGCUUGAAGAUUGAUUUUA